AGAAGUUUAGAGAGAGAGAGAGAGAGAAUGGUAUUCAUAUUGCCCCAUUCUUGCUCAAAAAGGGCUUCAAAACUUGAAACUUCAAACGUCAAAUGCUUCAAUUCCUCUCACAUAUAUAACCAACGUGCUUGCCUCAACGCUCUAACUACCAUCAUUCCUCUUCAUUUUCCUGCUGUUUUUUCCACCAUUUUUAUAAACCUUUUGUUACUAUCCCACCAACAAAAAAAUUUAAAUUAAAAGUUGUCGUUUUUUUCACUUGAUUCGAGUCAAAAUCUCGGCACCAAACCACUAUAGCGACUUAGAUGUUUAUUGGGCCUAUCUUUUUCUGUUGUCUGCUUUUGCCUUUCUUCAAAGCCACACUCUAUGAUCAACGUUGAACGACAAACUGAUUGUGGGUUGUCUCUCACUUUUGCAUCUUGCUUAGUGUUUUCCCCACUACUUCUUGCGUCAAUGCUGUUUGUAGAAUUGCCUCAGUGAGACUUCAGAGUUGUGGGAGAUUGGGAUGGGAUUCUGGCUGUCCACACAGCAGUUUCACAUAUAAAAGGGGGAAAGCAUUAUAUGCUGCUUUUUAAUUGUUUUAUUUUUCUUUUUCGUUUAUCUGGAGCACAGCCCACAAACCUCUCUCUCUCUCUCUCUCUCUCUCUCUCUCUCUCUCUCGGUAGCCGGAGACAAGUUCUUUAAGUUAUUUCUUGCAGAGGCAAUGUGUUUGAAAUUCUCAGAUAGGGACUUUGUAUCUACUAAUAUAGUCACUCCUUCAUGGAGACAAUGACGGCAGCUGCCUCCAUGCCAUUUCCUCGUGAGCUGGCCAGUUAUGAUGAGGUUUCUAUGCAGCAGAGCAUGCUCUUCUCUGAUAGUUUGAAGGAUUUGAAGAAUCUUAGGAAACAACUGUAUUCAGCAGCAGAAUACUUUGAGUUGUCUUACACUAACGAUGACCAAAAGCAUGUAGUGGUGAAUACGUUGAAAGAUUAUGCCAUUAAAGCUCUUGUCAACACCGUGGACCAUUUGGGUUCCGUUACCUAUAAGGUCAAUGAUCUGUUGGAUGAAAACAUCGAUGAAGUUUCAGGAACUGAGCUUCGCGUAUCUUGCCUUGAGCAGAGACUGCGGACAUGCCACGACUAUAUCAACCGUGAAGGUCUUUCUCAGCAGUCGUUGGUGAUAAACACUCCCAAUUACCACAAACGAUACAUCUUGCCAGUGGGAGAGACUAUGAAUGGAGGUUUACGCACCAAAUCGAAGUACCAAGGUUGCAGCGUAGACGAAGGAGAUGAGUGGCAUCAAUUUAGGAGUGCUAUUCGAGCUACAAUACACGAAGCUCCACCAUCUACAGCCAGUAAAGGGCGCUCCCCAUCACCUACACCAAGACUCGUGCAGCAGCCAGGAAAUUUUGCCUUCUCUAAGAGCAUGCCUAAAAAAGAUCUAGAAAGGAGAACAGUGUCACCACACCGGUUUCCACUUCUACGUUCGGGAUCCCUCUCUAGUAAGCCCUCGACUCCAAAAAGCUCGCGCCCGACUACCCCAAAUCAAAGCCGGCCAACCACCCCAAAUUCAUCUUUGGGAAGACAACCGUUUAUUUCUGACCCUCGGAAAUCGGCUUCGAUGCGGAUUCGUGUCGGGAAAGAGAGCCCAAAAGAGUUGGAGCAGAUCCCCAGCAAAAGUAAACGAUUGCUCAAAGCUUUGCUCAGUCGACGUAAGUCGAAGAAAGAUGAUACAUUAUAUACUUAUUUGGAUGAAUACUAAAGGAAUUGAAGAGGAGAUUGAAAGAGUUGUUUGUACCAUUUUGUUUUCCUCUUUAGAAUUCAGUUUUAUAUCCUCAUUUAUGGUAAGUGUAAUUUGUCAGAAACAUAUUCAUCAAUAUUAAUUAAUGCCCAUGUUACAAGAAA